UCCUGCAUUGCACAGCACAUCACAAAUUGAUACUCACACAGACACAGGAACAGCGAUCUGCACCAUGGCCCAGUACUACUCGGAGGUGGACUACUGCGCGGCGGAGAUGAGCAGGCCGCACGCCGGCGGCGGCGAGCACUACGCCGUGAGGAAGGAGUCGUACGAGGAGGUGGACGCCGGCAGGGUCGACCGCCACCGCCACGGCGGCGCCGGCCACCUCGGCGGCAGCCACAGCGAUGGCGGCCACCUGGGCUACAGCGGCAGCCGCCACGGUGUCCAUAUGGGCGGCCACGAGGCCGGCUACGAGGAGGCGCACCUCGUCGACGGCGAGCGCCGCCACGGCCACGGCGGGCGCCAGUACGACUCCUGCACCGGCCAGUACUACGGCUGAGCACGUUAGCACGCGCCAGACGUACGAGGCUGACCCCAGCCAGGCACACGUAUCCGUAAGUAUGUAUGUAUGUGUGUGUGUGCACGGUUAUGUACAUGGUGUGCGUACGUACAGUAUGUGUGUAUACCGUGUACUUGUACGAGAAUAAGACCGUGACCUGAAUAAUAAAAGCUUUCACGUGCUCCCACACGCACGUUUUAGUUUA